UGGAACGCGGACAGCAUCGAUAGCGUUACCACGUGACUCGUGUUUAUUGUGUUGGUUACAUCAACGAAUGCCAUUUCCUCCUCUAUAGCUCUUCGUUUCUUUUGUCUUUGAGAUCGGGAAAAGACAUUCUUAGCAUUUGCUGUGUGUUGGUAGAUGUUACAUAAUGCUCAUCGUUACUUCACUUUCGAUUUUUCGGUAUGCAUCCACAGCAGCCACUUUAACACUAGUGACCUAAUUUCGUUGAUGUAAGCGACUUGCUUUAACCCACUUUCCGCGCCUGCUCACUGCGUUCGAAAGUGAAGUUGCUGUGCGAGCGAAGGAAGAGUGUAACAUUAAGCCUUGCCCUUGAUCUAACGGCUCGACCUGGACUCGAAAAGCUCUGAGAGACAAGGUUGGCGGGAUCAAGCAUUGUUUUUCCGACUUCGGAUGGUUUCUUGAUGUUUACAUUUUGCCUAAAUUAACGUCGGAUUGGCGAAAAAAGUGAUCGUGUGUGUGGUUGGGACGCCGCCGAUACGGCAAGGCGUGGAGGGAGAUAUGUUGGUGGAUGGGCCGAACGUUACAGCCGACAUGAGUAGCGAUUCCACCGUCAGCACGGUGGCUCCCCAGGCCCAGGAUGAUCCCAUAGAAAUUACAGCUCCACCUGGUAUGCUGACAGUGGCGACCACGCCGAACCAACAACAGCAACAGCCAGGACCACUGGUGGAAUACCCACACGACCCCCCGGACACCAAGGAGGGCAUUGAGGAACUAUGUCCUGUGUGCGGAGAUAAGGUGUCCGGGUAUCACUAUGGUCUGCUUACCUGCGAAUCCUGCAAAGGAUUCUUCAAGAGAACCGUACAGAAUAAAAAAGUAUACACUUGCGUUGCUGACCGCAGCUGUCACAUAGACAAGAGUCAAAGAAAAAGGUGCCCUUACUGCAGAUUUCAGAAGUGUCUUGAUGUUGGAAUGAAACUAGAAGCUGUACGAGCCGAUCGGAUGCGUGGUGGAAGGAACAAGUUUGGCCCAAUGUACAAGCGAGACAGAGCCCGCAAGCUUCAAAUGAUGAGACAAAAGCAAAUUGCAAGGGCACAAUGCCAAGGCGUCGUAGGGAAUGAAGUAGCUCCUGUGGGACCACCUCCAUUUCCACCACCACCUGCUUUGCCAUCUCCAUCCAUGUAUUCCAAUGACCCCAACAUCAAACAAGAACUCAUUCAAAUUCCUCAAUUAAGCUCCUCCACAAGUUCUCCAGAUUCUUCCCCGUCACCAUUAUGUACAUCAGCGCAGACCAACUCGACCAUCGCAGCGCACUUUGCGCUGUCCGUGGCCGGCCCGCCGGUCGAGCCCAUCAAGGUGAGUUCGUGGCCACCAGGUCGUGCGCCCUCGCCACCUCAUCCCGUCGCCUCUAACAACGCCGGAACUGCGGCGGGAUCUCCCAAGCCCCCUUACCAUUACGGUGAUGUCAGCCCCCUUGUUCUCAGCAGUGUGGGACCCGUUGCGCUGUUGGCUGGCAGUGGCAAGGUGCCCCAUCUCAUCCGAGAGUUUCAACUGUCCAUGCCGGAUGACAAAGACUGGCAGAGUCAAUUGUUCGGCCUCUUACAAAACCAGACAUACAACCAAUGCGAAGUGGAUGUGUUUGAACUCAUGUGCAAAGUAAUCGACCAGUCCCUCUUCGCACAAGUGGACUGGGCUCGCAAUAGUGUUUUCUUUAAAGAACUUAAGGUUGAUGAUCAAAUGAAAUUGUUACAACAGUCUUGGAGUGACAUGUUAAUUCUUGACCAUCUUCACCAACGGCUUCACAAUGGCCUUCCAGAAGAAACUACCAUGCCCAAUGGUCAGAAAUUCAGUUUGAUCAAUCUUGCACUGUUGGGAGUUUCAAGUAUGGCUGAUCAGUUACAGCAUGUUUCAACUCGUUUACAAGAAUUGAAAUUUGAUCCAUUGGACUAUAUAUGUCUCAAAUUUUUGUUACUACUCAAUCCUGCAGAAGUGCGGACUUUGUCAAACAUGAAGCUUGUUCAUGAAGCAUAUGAGAGAACACAACAAGCUCUCAUGGAAUAUACUGUCAGUUGCUAUCCACAAAUUACAGAUAAAUUCUCUCAUUUGCUACAGGUAUUGCCUGAAAUUCAUGUGAUCAGUGAAAGGGGAGAAGAUUUCUUGUUAUAUCGACAUCUCAGUGGCAAUGCGCCAACACAGACUUUGCUCAUGGAGAUGUUGCAUGCUAAGAAGAAAUAGCACUAGAAUGCACACAGUGAAAUUUAUAUUUUUCUGUUGAAAUUUUAAAAGUGUAACUGCCAUUAAUUGAACUGUUUCUUAACUGCCAGGAAAAGACUUCUGGAUCUUAUGCUGCACAUUCCAUAUGGCGGGCCAACAGAAUAUGCCCUUGGGAUGUUGGAUUUGAGAUCCAGCUGUUUUAAACAAACAGACCACUUGAUUGUUGUUUUCAUCUCAAGCACAUUAUUAUGUACAUUACAAACAAAACAUUUCAUACACAGUAUGACUAACAAAGCAUUAUAUGUCCAUUCAUCAUUAACUGUGUUUGCUGUUAUAUUGUAAUUUCCCCUCAUACAUUUUUUUAAAUUCUCCUAACAUUGUACAUUUGAAAGGGAGAUUUUUUUUUUUUUUUUUUUUUUAAAUGGUUAGCAUUGUUUGUUGUUUAAAGUUGUGCUGCCUAUGGAUCAGAUUGUGGUAUUUUUUUGUACAUUUCAUAGAUUAUGUAUCAUCUCUGAGCCAGAAUGAAAUGUAUAAGUAAGAGUAUCGAAUGUGUUACAUGACAAUGUAGCAUCGGCACUGCAGCUUUAUAUAUAUUUCACAUAUGCAUUUUGUUGACCUCAUAUGUCUCAGGGAUAUGACAGAAUGUAAACACACAAUAUUCAUUUCAAGAAAUUUAUCAGCAAUAAUGAUUCAUUUUAUAACUCAAUUUGCAGUGUGUGGCACAGUGCUUUUAUUUAACUUGUAUUAUGUGGUACAAAGGAUUAUUUUUAUGAACUAGACUAAGGUAAUAGUGCAAAUUUUGUUAUUCUGGAUUUUUUAUUUUAUGUUUCUGGUAGACAUUUUAAUUGAAAUAUAGACGUAAGUUUAUUAUAUCACUUUUCAUUUAUUGUUUUUAAAACCUUUUUAUUAAUAUGAUUUUCAGUUAAAUUUAACAUGUUUAUACUUCAUAUUUAAAAAAGUAUUUUUAUUAUUACACAGUCGGUGUUUUUAAUAGAAUUCUUUCGGCAAUACUUAUUUAAGUAUUUCUAAUCAAACCCCCUCUCCUUUAAAUAAAUAAAUAUAUAUAUAUAUAAUUGAAAUGGUCUGCAACAUGUAAUGUUAUAAUUGUGUAAAAGUAUACCAUAGUCUUGUUUUGAAUUUUGUUUUAUUUUUAAAAUAUUCAGUUUCAGAUGCUCCAUUUCUAAUACACUCCUGAUCGUAGGAUAAUUUUUGCUAUCAGUAUAGAAGGCAAACAAGAGUAUUGUUUAUUUUUUCAUAAUAUGUAUUACCCAAUUCCUUGCUAGCAUACUGCUGUGUUGUUCACAAUACUUGAAAGAAUCAGUAAAAUAACUAUUUUUUUAUAGUUUUUUAAUAAAUUUUAAUGAAAAAUAUUGAUUUCUUUUAAUUCAAAAUAUUAACUUUAUUAGAAAAAAAGGAACUAUAAUUAAAAAUAUAUGUAUGAAAAUAUGCAUUAAUUAUCAUGGUGUAGAUUAGGAUUCUGUCUGGAGAAUUAGGAUUUUGAGUGUUGGAAUUAAUCUGAUCAAGAUUAAAAAUUUGUUUCUGAAAAAUUGCACUAUUUGAUUCUUCCUUACUAUUAAAUAACAAAAAAAAAAAAAAAAAAAAAAUAAAAA